GCACACUUGCACACACCGAUCGCGGUCGUAGUUGUUUUAUUUUCGUACUUCGAUUGCGUCCCGUUGGCAUUCUGGCUGCUCCUGGCUGCUUGCUGCCGUCACGUCUCGAGGCGAUCUUAAUACCGUGCGUUGUUCAGUGAUAAUAUAAUAUUUUAAUACCUAUUUUCGUCACUCAUCUUAUUGACCACUCGUGGUCGUCAGUGGUUGUCGUUUCACUCGGGUCGUUCGUUUUUCCGACCGCGUCGCCGACGCCGUUGCCAGAGUUGGUUCAAACACGUGAGUGGUGCUCGAGCGGAGCGAUUUAGACGCGCAUAGGUACGUAGGUACAUAGUCGUUGUUGUGCAAUUAUAUUAUUAUCGGCGUCGCCAUGCACGUGCAAGUGAGGAUGAUGAGCUCCGGCAAGUCGACCGUGAUACCCACGUCUAGAACGACGAAGAUCAGCGACUUAAAGACACUCAUCGAAAAAAAGUUCGACGUCAAACCGGAAGAUCAACGACUUUUCUUCGCCGGCAAACAGCUUGAAAAUCAGUAUAGCCUCUUUGAUUACAGUAUUAAUAUAAAUGAUGUUAUACAAUUGACCAUUGUGUCUGUUACUGAAACUAACACUAUAAAAAAAUCAAUGCCAAAUGUUCCUAAGAAUUUAAAUGAUAAAGAAUCUAUUCUUGGUUGUGCAUCAGACAGUAGUUCUAAAACAAAAGAGGAUAAUUUAGAAGAUAUAUCCGAGGAAAGCAAGUAUUUUAAAUUGGGUGAUUAUGUUGAUAUAAGAGAUCAUGAAUAUGGUGUGUGGUACAUGGGUAAAAUAGUGAAGAUAAAAAAAGAUGUUUCUUUAGAAAUUGAACCAUCUUCCUCUGAUAAUCAAGAAGAAUAUGAUGGACUUAUUUAUUUUGUAGAGGAUGCAGGAUCCCCUACUGAUCCACUUACUAAAGCCAAAUUGAAAGACAUUAGACCAUAUGCUACAGAUAAUCUGCCAUUUGAUCAAUUAAAAAUUAAUGAUAAAGUUCUUAUGAAUUUUAACACUGAACUUCCUAAAGAACGUGGCUUUUGGUAUGAUGUCCUAGUGAAACAGAUAAUAGUUAAUAGACGAAAUCGUGAAGUAAUAGGGAAUGUUACUGUUGGAUCGAAUAAAGCGGUGUUGAACAAUUGUCAUUUAAAGUUUGUUGAUGAUAUUUUAAAAAUUAAACCAUACAAAUUGGUUGCAGAGAGGACUAAGGAAGAAGAUGCUAUUAUGCAAACAAAGCCCUCUACGGAAAGAGCUACAGCUUUAAAUUGCACUAGGUGCAAAGACAACAUUAAUAAGUUAUGUGUGUACUGUGCAUGUAAUAUUUGUGGUGGCAAGGAUCAUGAGGACAAACAGAUAUUGUGUGAUGAAUGUGAUGGCAGUUUUCAUAUGACCUGCCUUACACCACCCUUGACGGAAAUUCCAAAAGAUGAUGAUUGGUAUUGUCCAACAUGCAAAAUUGAUGAUAGCGAAAUUGUUAAAGCUGGUGGAAAAUUAAAGGCCUCAAAAAAAAAGACAUUAGCGUCAACAUCAAAACGUGAUUGGGGCAAGGGAAUGGCAUGUGUAGGUAGAACAAAGAAAUGUAACAUUGUUCCACCCAACCAUUUUGGUCCCAUUCCCGGUGUUGAAGUUGGCACUACAUGGUUAUUCCGCGUUCAAGUAUCUGAAAGUGGUAUUCACCGUCCACCAGUUGGAGGAAUACACGGUCGUGACAAUCAGGGUGCAUUUAGUAUUGUAUUAAGUGGUGGUUAUGAAGACGACAUUGACAAUGGUGAAGAAUUCAUGUAUACCGGUUCAGGUGGAAGAGAUCUGUCUGGAAAUAAACGCACUGCUCUACAGAGUUGUAACCAAGAAUUGACUCGCUAUAACAGGGCUUUAGCUCUCAACUGUAAUGCAGAUAUCAAUAAUAAAGAAGGAGCAACAGCUGUGGAUUGGAAAAAAGGCAAACCAGUUAGAGUUGUACGGAAUUAUAAACUUCGUAAGCAUUCUGAAUAUGCACCUGCUGUGGGCAAUCGCUAUGAUGGUCUUUACAAAGUUGUAAAGUAUUAUCCAGAAACUGGAAUAUCUGGGUUUAUUGUUUGGCGUUUUGUAUUGAAACGAGAUGAUCCUACACCAGCUCCUUGGACAGCAAGAGGCAAAAUGCGUAUGGCUCAACUAGGCCUUGAAAUAAUUUAUCCUGAAAAUUAUGUACCACCUACUGAACUUGACAAUGCUAAGUCAGAUUUACCGGGGUCUAAAAGAAAAAGAACACUGCAAAGCAUCGAAAACAGUGAGUCAAAUGAAAAUUUACCGUUCAAAAAAGAAGAAAAGAAAGCAAAAAUGCAUUAUAAAUUAGAAAAUGAAGCAGAAGUAUUAAUUGCAGCUGAUGCUGCCAAUAAAAAAUAUUGGGAUGAUUGUAAAGAGUUGUUAAAAGACGGCAAAAAAGCAUUUUUGGAUAGAGUUGAAGAAACUUUUAUGUGUGUAUGUUGUCAAGAUAUUGUCUUUGAACCUAUUACAUUAGAAUGUGCUCAUAACAUUUGUAAAGGAUGUUUAAAAAGAUCAUUUAGAUCUGAGGUGUACCAAUGUCCAGCGUGUAGAGCUGAAUUAGGAAAAACUUACUCUAUGAACAUCAACACUACAUUGGCUAAUACUCUUUUGUAUUUCUUCCCUGGUUAUAACACAGGUCGUUAACAAUUGUUUUAACUACUGUUACAAACAAAAUUUAUUAUAAAAGAUAGCAGUGUACAUUACUUAAAUAUAAUYCUUAUCAUUUUUCUCAGCAAGAUUGCUUUUAAUAAAACAAUAAUUUAUUUAAAUUGAUUAACUAAUUUGUUAUACAUUUAUUUAUAUUUAAUUAUACU